AUGUCUCAAAAAGCAAACUUACCGAGCCCUCCCGGCGGUCAAUUUGGAUUCAUGUCCAAGAUCGGUGCCACGGAUGAAGCCGUCCGCACCUUAAACGACCAGCCGUACCUAUUCACCAUUCUCGUCGUCGUCCUCGUCUCGCUCAUCCUCGAGCUCCAGGAGCAAAGCCCCCGGCAGCUCGAUAAAGGCCUUCUAUCGUAA